AUUUUUUGAUGUGUUCAUACUUCAGUCAUGGCUUCUCAACAGCUUUCCCAAAAAUUUCAGCUAAGAAGAAAAUCACUUGUUUCACCAGGUGCAAAAGGAAAGCCAAUUUUGGUAACAACUAAGCGCAAGACACUGCCCAAUGUAAGUAUUUUCCAUGAUGGAAUCGAUGUUACACCGAAAAGACUCAAUCCGGAAAUUUUCACUGGCGGAAGGGAACGACAAAUAAGUGUGUAUGACAUUAGUGUGGACAGAACUGAACGAUCAGAUGGAAAGACUUCUAGAAACACAUCACUGAAUUUAUUUAAAUCUCAAUCUACAGUUCGGUUCAAACAAGAACUUGAACAACAUUACACCACCAAUUCAACUCAAUAUAAAGGAAGUAUAACUUAUGGAGCCAACUACUUUGACGUAUUUCUUCUAGAAAACAUAGAGGAUGAUCAGUCUUUAGUUUCUUCAGAUGCAACUGGUUUGAGUGAAGAAGAAAUUAUAACCGACAUGAAGAAGCUACCGACGCAUAUCAGUCUGAUUUUGAGAGAAACAAAUACAUUCUUUUUAUUGGAUUUGCCUAGUUGUACCUCUCUUAAAGAUACAGAAGAAGGAGAUCUAGUGGAAGAAGAUAAUGAACAGUAUCAGUUCCUUACAGAAGGUAAAGGGAGAAAUCGAAAAGUACUUAAUGCAGAAGUUCAAACAGUACCGAUUGUAAUGAAGACACGAAACACUUAUUCAGAAAAGCUGAAAACAGUACCAGACUCGGCCUUUGUUUCCAACUGGGAUAUGUAUGAUACUUACCAAGAAACCCAAGAAGCCAGUUGUGAAGAAAGUGAUUCAUCCCAAGAUAGUGAUCUUGAGCAUCACAAGCUGGAUGACAGUUCUUCAGUAGACAGUUAUAGGAUGUCAGCAGAUGAAAAACAAAUGCUGAAACUCAUGAAAAAUCCCAAAUUUUUGGAGGCAGUAUGUGUGAUAGAGAGGUUGUUGGCUAACAAUUGUUACAAUGAACAACAGAAAAUAUUUCGAGGAUUGUCAGUGCCUGAUAAAUUCCGAGAAAAGAUUGAAUAUAAUUACAAACUGAACCUUCUGUGGACAUUCGCCAAUUCUAGUACAAAAGGUCUAUGUGUGAAUUCGAUUGAUUGGAAUCCGGCAAACAGAGAUGUUUUAGCAGUUGGAUAUGGAAAAUUUUACUAUACCGAUAAAUUAACUGGUUUGGUGUUGAUAUGGAAUAUUAAGAACCCCGUUCAGCCAGAACGUCGGUAUACAUUCGACGUACCUGUUACCUCCCUGCAAUUUUCCAAAUCUAAUCCAGUUUUACUGGGUGUUGGUUUCGACAAUGGGUCUGUGAAAGUUUUGAAUGUCUCGAGCAGAGACAAAGAGAUAGUCGGUGAAAAUAUGGCGACAUUUGAACCGGUAUGGAAUAUUUCUUGGCAAGUUGGACGUAAUGAGAAAAAAGAUGAAGAACUUGUUGAAGCUACUUUUGAUGAUGGUAGAAUUUGUGUGUUCUCAGUGCAGCCAAAGCUAGAGACAAUUCAGAUAAUGAGAGUAGCAAAAGCUGAUGGAAAACUAAAAGGCUACGAGAGGUUGAAAAAAUGUUCAAGUUCUGCCAUUCCUGUUUCCCGAUAUGCCGCCGCGAUGUUUGCAGUACCUCAUCCCACUAGUAGGAGCAUUUAUUUUGUCGGAACUGAUGAAGGAACCAUUCAUAAAUGUUCUUUGAAUUAUCUCAAUCGACAUCUGGAUAUGUUUCUUGCUCACGACGGUCCUGUGCACCAAAUGAAGUUUUCACCUUUCUGCAAAAAAAUUUUUGCCACCUGUGGUGAUGAUUGGCAUACAAGAAUAUGGGGAGAAGGUAUUUCAGAACCUAUUCUCGAGUUCUUUGUAUCAAUGCAAAGCGUACAAGGACUGGAUUGGAGUCCAACUCAUUCGACAAAUCUAGUAACAAUCCGAGGACAGUUCAUCGAAAUAUGGGAUAUUCAACGGAAAGUUUACAGUCCUCAGUCGAUAACUGUCUCGCCAACAGGGUCACGAAAUAGUGUGGUGCAGUUUACUACAAGCGGAACUUGCCUAAUCGUGGGAGAUGUGGAUGGAAAUGUUCAUGUUUUUUCAUUGGAAGAUAUGCCGUUCCCUCCCUUUUUUCAAGAUAAUCUCUUGUUUGAAUCUUUAUCCCGAGCAUUAAUAACGAAUCCAACAUUAUCUGAAAAAGUGAAAAAACUUCAAAGGCUAGGUUCUGUAGAAGAUCCAGAAUAGUCAUCAUUGCAGGGAUUGCUCUAUUGAUUAUUUUCAAUUAAACUUGAAAAAACUUCAUUACGGGUACAUUGUAAUAAUUUUUGAAGCGAAUAGCUAC